GGUUUCAGGCACAGCCCGCCAACUGGACAUGUCUGAUCAAGCUCUUUCUGACCAAUCCCGGUGCAGGAGGGCGGGGCCUCCUGAGAAAUAAAACAAUACUGGCUGACGAUUUCAGACAGGACACAUGCUCACUCAGCGGACCCGGGGAGACUCCUCCCUCCUAUCAGUGUGUGUGUGUCCGCGAAGUGGGACGUUUUGUACCAGAGCGCGUGAUCUCCUCCCUGAGCGGCUCAGACAUCCCAGUCCAUCCCUCAAAACUGAAGAGCAGCGCGUGCUCCUGUGUUUAUCUGCACAGGAAUUCUGCUGACUGCCUCUCUCUCUCUCUCUCUCUCUCUCUCUCUCUCUCUCUCUCUCUCUCUCACUGAUAAAGGAUGCCCGUGCUGGAGGAGAACCACUGGUGAAGGUGUAGUUGGUGUGUGUGAUGGGAUGAUGGGAGAUGUUGUUCCCCCAGCUGGCUGUGCUGCUCAGCCUGGUGCUCGGGACACUGCUGUACCUGCUGACUCACACAGUUCACCUGGAGAGGCUGCAUCAAAUCUGCCCCAUCAAGAGCCGACCACACCCUGCUCGUGAUCCAGUGCAGUUCCCCUUUCGACCACCAAAGUAUAAGCGGGGUCUUCGGCAGGAUCUUCGCAGGGGCAACACCACUAAGGGGCACCUGAUCCAGGAGCUGCCCCAUGCCAUUAUCAUUGGAGUCAGGAAGGGUGGCACUCGUGCACUGCUGGAGAUGCUGAGCCUUCAUCCCGCCAUGGUCAAGGCCUCACAGGAGGUCCACUUCUUCGACAGUGAUCAGAAUUAUGGCAGGGGUGUGGCCUGGUACCGCCGCAGGAUGCCAUUCUCCCUCACUGGCCAAAUCACUAUUGAGAAAAGCCCCGCCUACUUUGUGACGGAGAAGGUCCCGGAGCGGAUUUUCAGGAUGAAUUCCUCCACAAAGCUGCUGGUGAUCGUCCGCGAGCCAACGAUUCGUGCAAUCUCUGAUUACACACAGGUGCUGGAGGGAAAAGAGCGCAAGAAUAAAACGUACCCCAGGUUUGAGGUGCUGGCCAUCAACCCCAGCACCCAGGAGGUGAACACCAAGUACAAAGCUGUCCGCACCAGCAUCUACGCCAAACACCUGGAGCACUGGCUGGAGUUCUUCCCCGUCCAGCAGUUUCAUGUGGUGGAUGGAGACAGGCUGAUCUCAGACCCGCUGCCUGAGCUCCGUUUGGUUGAGAAGUUCCUGAACCUUCCACCUGGUAUCAGCCAAGAGAACUUGUAUUUCAACUCUACACGGGGUUUCUACUGCCUGCGCUUUAGCCGCCGCUUCAGUAAGUGCCUGGCGGGCAGCAAGGGCCGGCCACACCCGGACGUGGACCUGGCUGUGCUGGAUAAGCUCAGGCGCUUCUACCGUCCAUUCAACCAGAAAUUUUACCAGAUGACUGGGAGGAAAUUUGACUGGCCGUGAGGAGGUCGAAUGGCAGAUCUUUUUAACCAGGGGGUGCUAAACUGCUGUCCUGCUUACAACUAUAAGCAAUUAAGAUGAAACAUAACUUUGUAACUUUGAAAUAUGUAGAGCUAUUUUUUUACUAAAUGCAUUAAUGUUUGCCUGUAAAUAAGAUUUUCGUCUUGCAUAUAAACAAACACAGUAUAUACAAAAGUAACACAGGUUAGUCUGCAUUCUACACAUGUUGAACCCCCCUGACUGUUAAUAAGCUGAGCUGUGAGAUCUAAAAUGGGGAUUUGAUCAAAUGUAAAGUUAAUGUUGGUGAUUGUUUAAUGAUGAAGUGUACUAUACAUGAUGCCCUUCUUGUGUUCCUUAAUAAUUAAUUCUGACUGAAUUAAUCACUAUAAUGCACCACUCUCAUAAUACAGUACAAUUCAAUCAGUCUCUGUUUUAAUAGCUUGACGAGGUGGACAGCACAUUGUAUAUAAUGAAAAA